AUGAGAACCUCCACAAUUAUCAGUCUCUUCGCGGUCGCUGCUGUUGCCAGCGCUAUUCCAGUCAAGCGAGAUGACCAUGUUGAGAUCACCUUCAUCGGCGCAGCAGAUGCCCAAUUCACUCAAAGCUUCCCGAGCGAUGGGUCCGCUGUCUCUAUCACCAACCCGCUGAGCAUCUCGAAGAUCUCCUCUGGUGUGAAUGGCUUCCAGUGUACCUUCGAUGGUAUCGACCACAGCGUCACAACCGUCAGCGGAGCUGAGACAGUAGACGUUGGCCCACCGCAGACCCAGUUGACAGGCUCCUGCACACCUGUCAAUGACCACCCUGCCAGAGGACUGGCCUGGGUUACCUUCAUUGGUGCUGCCGAUGCUCAGUUUAGCCAGGGCUUCCCCACUGACGGUGAAUGGGUUCAGAUUACCAACCCCUUGAGUAUUUCACACAUUCAAUCGGAUGCCGCAGGUGUCACUUGCGUUUUCAAUGGUAUUGAUAAGAGCGUCACUACCGUCAGUGGUGGUUUGGUCGAUGUUGGGCCUCCUCAGACCCAAAUCUCGGGAUCCUGCCAUUUUUAA